AUGAGCAAGAACGAUGAGGCGACUUUCCUGUCGGAUAUUCAAAAUGACGCCAUUGGAAGUAUCCACCAAUUUCUGGCCACUGUGAGCUCGGAAAGGAGCCAAUGCAUGAAAGAAGCUGACCGUGAAUCCAUCUUUGCCGUCAUUCGAGAGACAGUCGGUUUCCUACAGCUGGAUUCCAUGGUAUUUGAGCGAUACCGAGAAUGGGUCCUUCAAGUGGCCCAAAAAGCAUUGGAGGCGUGCGACGGUGAAGAUGGAGCCAGUAGUAGCAACAAGAAAAUGCUGUACUGUUACGCCAUUGGUGGCCUCUACGGUGGUCAGGGAAAGCACCAGGAGGCAAUACGCUACAAGCAGCUGGCUUUGGAUGCAAGCAAGCGUAUUCAUGGGGACGACCACCCUGACACACUCAAGGCAAUGAACAACCUAGCCAAUUCCUUUCAAAAGCAGGGUUUGUACAGCAAGGCAGAAGAGUUAUAUCGUUCUUGUCUAGAAAAGAAGAUCUCCACGAUUGGGAGCAACCAUCGUGAAACCCUUCGAACCACAAACAACCUCGCCAAUGCAACGCGAAGACUUGGACGCUCCGAGGAGGCAGAGAAGCUGUACAGGACAUGUUUGGAAAAGAAGUUGUUGACGCUGGGCCAGGACCAUCCAGAAACCCUCCGAACCAUGAACAAUCUUGCCAUUUCACUCCAAGAUCAAGGUCUACACCGUGAUGCAGAAGAGACAUUUCGUGCCUGCCUCGACAAGAAAAACAAAGUACUGGGCACGGACCAUCCCGAGACUCUUCGCACCGCCAAUGCUCUAGCGGAUUCACUACGACACCAAGGCCAACUGGCCGAGGCACACGAGUUGUAUCUCUCCUGCCUAGAAAAACUUACGGCCAUUAUGGGCGAAGAUAGUCCGGAAACGCUGCGAACGACGCACAGCCUUGCCGUGCUACUGCGUGAUCGAGGCCUUUGCAACGAGGCGGAACGGUUGCUUCGAACCUGUCUGGGAAAUCGUAAGGCUGUCCUAGGCGACGAUCACCCAGAGACGCUGCAGAGCAUGUAUCACCUCGCCUGUCUGCUCUUUCAUCACGGUAACGAGGAUGCACGAAUCGAGGAGGCAAGCAAGUUGCUUCGUCUGUGCUUGGAAAGACAGAUAGCUGUCCUCGGUGAGGAUCAUCCGUCCACGAAGGAAACCAGACUCAAAAUGACAAUGAGGCAGCGAAGUGCUGAUCGCGUGGAUGGGAUUGAUUGA